AUGUCGCCGUCUCAUUUUUCCACCCCAAGUCUGCCUGACCUCCCCGCCGAAUUGGUGCUCGGCAUCGCUCGCCUGCUGGAUCCUGUUGGCCUGGUCUCUCUCAACCAGACGAACACCCAGUUUCGCCGCCUCAUCACCAUCGGGAAGCGGCAGCUGGUAGAGCGGCUCCUGCAGCUGGAGUGCACCGAAGAGCACGGCGGCGGCACGCCCACUCUACGGGUCCGUGAUCAGAUCCUUGACCCAGCCUUCUCCGAGGAGGAGUGGGGAAAGUUUCGCUGGGCCUGUUCGAGCUGCCUGCUCCUUCGCUCACACGUCCACUUCGACAACCGCUCCAUCCUGCGGCUCCAGAACCGCAAGCCCAUUGCUGGCUCGCCCGCCGCAGAGCCCAUCUCGACCUGGGAGCCAUCGCUUCGCGGCAAGGUAUGGGGCAGCAAGGCGUGGGAGCCCAUCUCGUACGAGGAGCGCAUCGUCCGCCUUCGGUACCGCCUCGCCAUCCAUCCAUACGAGACGUACUAUCCACCCUUCCUCCACCGCUGGACCGUGGAGGAGUUGCGCGCAGUCGGGAUGCAGGGCUUUGAUCACGUCGACGACAACCAGUACCAACACAUGUGUUCAGUCGUCAAGCACGCUAUAUUUGACCGCAACCUCUUGGACAUCGAGCUUGUCACCUGCGGCUCGAAGCGCCACAACCGCAUGUGUAACGAGUGCCGAUAUGAAUCAGGGCAGCUCAGGGUGCAGCUGGGUGACAAGCGCGGCACCCUGGCAUUCCCAAUCAUGACCAGCAGAAAGGUGCACUUCGCCUCUGCACACGAUCGCUUCUUCCCCGGCCUCCCAAAUUUCCUGGGAGUCCCAGAGCCUGAGCUGUACCUCCCCAUCGGCGAGAUUGGUCAGAUUGGCGACACCUUCGUCAUGGGUCCGGUGGGCCUCUACUCGCGACCCUGGACCAUGUACAUGGCGCGAUGCUCGGGCUGCGAGAGCUGGCAGGAGAUACGAGCCUUUCGCCUUGGAGGCUAUGAGGCUUGGUGGAACCCCAAGCUUGAUGCCCAGUUGUGGAAUGACGAGGAAUUUUCCAUUGAGGACCUGCACGAGAUUAUCUGCAACGGCUGUUACGCGCGCAAGUAUGGCAAAUUGGCCUUGGGAACGCUCCUUGGCGAAUUCCUGGGGUGGGUGGUCUGCGAAAACGCCCGACGAUACCUGGAGGCCCAGCUUUGCUGGGGAUGGUUCGCCCUCGAGAAACUCGUACCGAAACUCCCCUCAGAGUACCGGAAGCAAGUGAGGUCCAUCCUGAAGAACGUCAAAAGUCGAAAGAUUAGGUCGUGGGGCGGUGUCGAUUUCUCGUACAUGGAUAUCGCAACCCUCAAACAUCGCCACAUGGAGUUUGUCAAUGUGUGCAGGGAGGGGCUUGCCACUUCGCACAACAAGGCCAUCCGUGAUCUUUUCCGCGAGUUUUGGUUCAACACCUGGUUCUACGCUUACGAUAGGCUGGAGGCGGAGUGGUUUUGGAUGACUGCGUAUACUGCGAAGGCACGCGAAAAUCCCGAAGCGUUGGCCGAUUGGGCUCUUGGUCGAGACCCGGCUGCCUUCACUUGA